ACCAUCAUGAGGACUUUAACUAUUAUUUUUACUUUUUUACCAAAUUUUAUUUCUGCGUCUAUACCUACUUAUAUUAUGGAUGAACAGUGUGGUCAGACGGUGAAUAUGGACUCAGAAUCUAUCGAGAGUGGACGAUUGCUACUCAGACGACCCGAGGCUAGUGGGUUGAGAAACAACAACUGUGCUUUAUAUAUCAAAUCACCCAGUGGCAAGAACUUAGUCUUCUACUUUCGUCAUUUACAAAUUGAAACACCGUUUGGUUGUGAUCGAGACUAUGUAGAGGUAUAUGAAGGUCUCAGUAAUAAAAGUAGGUCAUUGAUAGGUAAAAAUUGUGGAAGUUUGCCACCCAGUACAGCUUUCACUACAACAACUCCCUACGCUCUGAUAGCCUUCCAACGAUAUCUACAAUUCUUUCACGAUCAGUUUGAACUGAUUUUUACAGCUUACCAUAAAGGUGUAUGCGAUAACGAUGAAUUUACCUGUAACAAUGGACGAUGUAUUCACAACUCUCUGUACUGUAACGAAUACAACAAUUGUGGAGACGGUUCUGAUAUCUGUGCUCUGACGACAGCCGAGUUAGUUGGUGUUGUAGUCGCCUGUCUGUUUGUUAUCCUACUUAUUGCUGUUAUCGUGGCGGCUGUGUUCUUUAUAAGAAGGAGAAGAUUGAGAAGACAGCAGUUUGCAAGAACGAUGGAUUUUUAUAGUUCGUACAACAGUCAGAAGUCUCAUGGUUUAGAUUGGUUUCCUCUGUACGGUCAUCCAUCAGUGACACGACAUGACUCUCAUAGAAUCAGACUUCUGGAUCCAGCUACUCUUCAGACCGAACAUCCUUCUGCAGUUUCUGCUAAUGCAUGCCGCGAUCCAGCAGUUUGGGUCAGGGACCACCCUCAAAGAAAUCCAAGUAGCAGAUUCUCAUCUCGUGAAGCGUUUAAUAUCGAUCGACCUCAACGAUCUGCUUCAUUCGCUAAAGGCGAUUAUCCUUUUGGACUAACCGAUGACAGACCACAGUCAUUUUAUAACAUAGAUCACUCAGCACCACAAAGAUCUCAAUCAAUGUAUGUUACGGAUGGAUCAAGUGCAUCCAUCGACAAACGUCCAUACGUUCUUCCAACUUACUCUUACCAUCCAAAACGAUCACAGUCCAUGAACGUUAGACACGGACCUAGCGCUUCCUUAGAUAAGCGUCCGUAUGUUUCGUCAAGAUUUGAGAAUCAAGAGGAAUAUCCUAUGACAUACAUGGGUAGAACACCUUAUGUCGAAUCAUCUCACGUCGACAAGGAACCAAGGAUUGAAGUACCACUUCGAGACUACUGGGAAUUCGAAGACCGCAAUGCUUAUACCCCAUCCACUGGUUAUCCUUAUACCACCAACCUAGAAUUACCAUAUCCUUACACAGGUUCUACUCGCUUCAUAGCACCACAAGAACCACGACAUGAAACUAACCACAAAGUCAACCAAGACGAUUACCCCUACGUGGCACGUCUACCAGUUCGGAAUGAAUCACGAACAUCCGGUCAUGCUAGUCAUAGAGGAGAGACUCUUGACGAUUGUCUAAUCAGCUUCCGCUCGUAUCCCUCCCCCGUACCGGCAGCCGACAUCGCCCUCUACCGACCUAAACUCAAAGAUGCUCUCGGCUACGAUGAGGUUGACAGUCGACUAAAAUCAAGGUCUCAACCAGAUCUCAGCAAGAUCUAUACUACAUCUCUUCCUAGGAGUUUUCCUGUCAGACGGAAUGAAUCUCACCACGGAAAAACUAAACAGACGAAGGGACACAAAAACAAGGCUUUUACGUCUAACGCCCAUUUCACUGACGUUGCUAAUACCGAUCCAGUAAUCCAGAAGCGACACAUCGACAAACCUCAACUUCCGGUUAACGCUAAUAGAGCUAAUCAAUACUCGCCAGUGAUCACAGUUGCUGGAAAGGGUACCAUUGAUGGUUCAUAUGGACGGGCCAAACAUCAACAUCCAGGAGCUCCCGAAUCUGUUCCCAACCGACACCUCGGUGUUGCUAGACAAGCUGAAGACAGAUCUCAAGGUAGUAGUGAUGGAUUGUAUAAUUAUGACCAGCAACAAGAUGAAAUUUUCUAUCCUCCCACAUCAACAUUCAGAUUAUAA